GCGCACAUACAGGCACAAGUUUGAAAUUCGAUGGAGUUCCUCCUAGCGAACCUCUCUCGUGUUCGAAUUCCAGAGCCUACCUCCCGCAUCUACAAGCACGAGUGCUGCAUCUCAUUUGAUUCCCCGAAAACCGAGGAUGGGCUCUUUGUUGACCUGAACACUUUUUUAGCAUUUGGAAAGGAGUACGUAGGUUGGAACUAUGAGAAGACAGGAAACCCAGUUUAUUUGCAUAUUAAGCAGAGAAGGAAGCCAAUUGCUGAGGAUAGGCCUUCCAAGAAACCAACUCUUUUGGCUAUAGGUCUUGAAGGGGGUUUUAAUAACAAUGAGUCUGAGUAUGAGGAAAGCUAUGAAAUAGUCUUACUGCCAGAUUAUGUUACUCUUCCAUUUCCCUCAGUUGGGUUGCCAGAGAAGGUAGAGUCCGCUGUGCGUGCUGUUAUAUCGGCUGAGAGUGCUGAGAGGAGAGAACAAGUUGCUGCCUGGACAGCUGAUAAGAAGCUUACUAGUAAAUAUGCCAUGGAACUACGGCAACUUGACAAUUCUGUUGUUAUCCCUCCAUCAGGGUGGAAGUGUGCUCUAUGUGAUAAGACUGAAAAUCUUUGGCUGAAUCUUACUGAUGGCACAAUCCUCUGUGGUAGGAAAAAUUGGGACGGAAGUGGUGGUAACAACCAUGCUGUUAGCCAUUACAGAGAAACUGGUUAUCCCCUUGCAGUCAAGCUUGGAACAAUAACUACUGAUUUAGAGGGAGCAGAUGUUUUUUCUUAUCCGGAAGAUGAUAGUGUUUUGGACCCACUUUUAGCACAACAUCUUGCUCAUUUUGGAAUUGAUUUUUCUUCCUUACAAAAGACUGAAAUGACAACUGCUGAGCGAGAACUUGAUCAAAAUAUCAACUUUGACUGGAACCGGAUUCUAGAAACUGGACAGGAGGUUGAGCCACUAUUUGGACCAGGAUAUACAGGACUUGUCAAUCUUGGCAACAGUUGCUAUUUGUCCGCGACAAUUCAAGUAGUGUUUUCAACGCGUUCAUUCUGUUCUCGGUACUUUCUCGAACAGAAUCUUAAAACAGCUUUUAAUAUUGCUCCGGCUGAUCCAACUGUAGACCUUAACAUGCAGCUGACAAAACUUGCAUAUGGCUUGCUUUCUGGAAAAUAUUCAGUUCCGACGAUGAUGAAUGAUCCUGCAAAAAUGGAUAAGUCUAGCUCAUCACCGAAACAGGAGGGUAUUUGUCCACGUAUGUUCAAGUCAGUGAUUGCUGCAAGCCAUCCUGAAUUUUCAACUAUGAGACAGCAGGAUGCAUUGGAGUUUUUCCUGCAUUUUAUCGAUCAAGUUGAACGAAUGAAUUCUGGGAACCCCAAAAUUGAUCCUUCUAGGAGUUUCAAAUUUGGUAUUGAAGAACGUAUACAAUGUCCUUCUGGUAAAGUGGCAUACAACCGGAGGAAUGAUUAUAUCCUCUCUCUGAAUAUUCCACUGGACAAGGCUGUUAACAAAAAAGAACUUGAAGAGUUUCAAAAGUCUAAGGCUAGUAAGGCUGCAGAGGGAAAGGAAAUGCCAGCAGAUGAAAUUGUUCGCCCAAGGGUGCUAUUAAAGGAUUGUCUGGAUUGCUUUUCAGCUCCAGAACAGAUUCAUGAUUUUUACAGCUCUGCCUUGAAAACAAAAACUACAGCAAUCAAAACUGCUGGUUUAACUUCUUUUUCUGAUUAUCUGGUCCUACACAUGCGAAAAUUUGUCAUGGAAGAAGGGUGGGUUCCCAAAAAACUAGAUGUCUAUAUUGAUGUUCCAGACAUCAUAGACAUCAGUAAUAUGCGCAGCAAGGGCCUUCAACCUGGUGAAGAGCAAUUACCUGAAGGCCUCGAGGAUAUUAAGGAUCAAAACCAGCCUGUAGCUGAUGAGGAUAUUGUUUCUAAACUCAUGUCAAUGGGAUUUAGUUCUCUUCAUUGUCAGAAGGCUGCGAUUAACACAUCUAAUGCCGGAGUGGAGGCUGCAAUGAACUGGCUGCUUGCUCACAUGGAAGAUACUGAUAUUGAUGCUCCAAUUUCACAAGUAGGACCAAAUGCUGUUGUUGAUCAAUCACAAGUGGAUACAUUGAUUUCCUUUGGUUUCCCUGAGGACUUGGCCAGGAAAGCUCUGAAGGCAUCGGGAGGUGACAUUGAGAAAGCGACUGAUUGGAUAUUUAACAAUCCGGGUGCUUCUGAGAAAUCAGAUAUGGACACAUCAUGCAGUAAUGAAAAUUCAGUUGUUGAUGCCGCAUUACCCGACGGUGAAGGAAGAUAUAAGCUCAUGGGAGUAGUCAGCCAUAUCGGUAACUCAACCCAAUGCGGUCAUUAUGUUGCUCAUAUCAACAAAGACGGUGCCUGGGUAAUUUUCAAUGAUGAAAAAGUUGGGAUAUCGAGGAAUCCUCCACUAGACAUGGGAUACCUGUACUUUUUUGAGAGAAUCACAGGUUGAGAGCAUUAGAGUUCUUGGUUUUGUCAUACACUACAGGGUUUUGGUUGGCCAAUGGGUUCCAUUAACAUCACUUUGAUCUUUGGAUUUGUUUGGAUAAAAACUAGUUUUUCGGCCUUCCAGAGUUUGCGCCCCUUCUGAUACACUAACAUUUUGGCUUCACACACACUUGAUGUAAACGUGUCUCUGAAUUUGUGUUUUUUUAGCAACUAAUCUUUACAGAAAUGUGGUGCUGUUUAUUGUUGUUGGCAAGUCUCUACAUGGCGACUCACUAUUCUGCAAGUGUUACAAUAACAUUGGCCUUUUUUU